UUGUGACUCCCAGACCCCAGACCAAAGGCCCAGGGUUCGAGUACCAUGGCAUCCAUCCUGGAUGAGUAUGAGGACUCAUUGUCCCGUUCGGCCGUCUUGCAGACUGUUUGCCCUAGCGUGAGCAUCCCCCAUUCUGGGUAUGUAAAUGCCCACCUGGAGAAGGAAGUGCCUAUCUUCACAAAGCAGCGGAUUGACUUCACUCCCUCAGAGCGCAUCACCAGUCUUGCUGUCUCCUGUAACCAGCUGUGCAUGAGCCUGGGCAAGGAUACACUGCUCCGCAUUGACUUGGGCAAGGCAAGUGAACCCAACCGUGUGGAACUGGGGCGCAAGGAUGAUGCAAAAGUCCACAAGAUGUUCCUGGACCACACUGGCUCUCACCUGCUGAUUGCUCUGAGUAGCACCGAGGUCCUUUACAUGAACCGCAAUGGACAGAAGGUCCGGCCGCUGGCACGCUGGAAGGGACAGCUGGUGGAGAGCGUAGGUUGGAACAAAGCUCUGGGCAACGAGAGUAGCACCGGCCCCAUCCUGGUGGGCACAGCUCAGGGCCAGAUCUUCGAAGCAGAGCUCUCGGCUAGCGAAGGCGGGCUCUUUGGCCCUGCUCCAGAUCUCUACUUCCGCCCGCUGUACGUACUAAAUGAAGAGGGGGGUCCAGCGCCUGUGUGCUCUCUCGAGGCUGAGCGCGGCCCAGACGGGCGAGGCUUUGUCAUUGCUACCACGCGACAGCGCCUCUUCCAGUUCAUAGGCCGAGCGGUAGAAGAUGCUGAAGCUCAGGGCUUCUCGGGGCUCUUUGCCGCUUAUACAGACCACCCACCCCCGUUCCGUGAAUUUCCUAGCAACCUGGGGUAUAGUGAGUUGGCUUUCUAUACCCCCAAGUUACGCUCUGCGCCUCGCGCCUUUGCCUGGAUGAUGGGAGAUGGGGUGCUGUAUGGCUCGCUGGACUGCGGGCGCCCCGACUCCCUGCUGAGUGAGGAGCGAGUGUGGGAGUAUCCGGCAGGCGUCGGUCCUGGGGCCAGUCCACCCCUAGCCAUUGUCCUGACUCAGUUCCAUUUCCUGCUGCUGCUGUCAGACCGGGUGGAGGCCGUGUGUACACUGACAGGGCAGGUGGUGCUACGGGAUCACUUCCUGGAGAAGUUUGGCCCACUGAGGCACAUGGUGAAGGACUCAUCCACGGGUCACCUAUGGGCCUACACUGAGCGUGCGGUCUUCCGCUACCACGUGCAACGUGAGGCUCGGGAUGUCUGGCGCACCUACCUGGACAUGAACCGCUUUGACCUGGCCAAAGAGUAUUGUCGAGAGCGGCCUGACUGCCUGGACACGGUCCUGGCCCGAGAAGCUGAUUUCUGCUUUCGCCAGCAUCGCUACCUGGAAAGCGCCCGUUGCUACGCUCUGACGCAGAGCUACUUCGAGGAGAUUGCCCUUAAGUUUUUGGAGGCCCGGCAAGAGGAGGCGCUGGCUGAGUUUCUGCAGCGGAAACUGGCUGGCUUGAAGCCAACUGAGCGGACCCAGGCCACACUGCUGACCACUUGGCUGACGGAGCUCUACCUGAGCCGGCUUGGUGCCCUGCAGGGUGACCCAGAUGCUCUGAAUCUCUACCGGGACACACGGGAGUGCUUUCGUACUUUUCUCAGUAGUCCUCGGCACAAGGAGUGGCUCUUUGCCAGCCGGGCCUCUAUCCACGAGCUGCUCGCCAGUCAUGGGGACACAGAGCAUAUGGUGUUCUUUGCAGUGAUCAUGCAGGACUAUGAACGGGUGGUGGCGUACCAUUGCCAGCACGAGGCCUAUGAAGAGGCCCUGGCUGUGCUUGCCCGCCACCGUGAUCCCCAGCUCUUCUAUAAAUUCUCACCCGUCCUUAUUCGGCACAUCCCCCGCCAGCUGGUAGAUGCCUGGAUUGAGAUGGGCAGCCGGCUGGAUGCUCGGCAGCUCAUUCCUGCCUUGGUGAACUAUAGCCAGGGCGGUGAGGCUCAGCAGGUGAGCCAGGCCAUCCGCUAUAUGGAAUUCUGCGUGAAUGUGCUUGGCGAGACAGAGCAGGCCAUCCACAACUACCUGCUGUCACUGUAUGCCCGUGGCCAGCCAGCCUCGCUGCUGGCCUACCUGGAACAAGCUGGGGCCAGCCCGCACCGUGUGCAUUACGAUCUCAAGUAUGCCCUUCGUCUCUGUGCUGAGCACGGCCACCACCGUGCUUGCGUCCACGUCUAUAAGGUGUUGGAGCUUUAUGAGGAGGCUGUGGAUCUAGCCCUGCAGGUGGAUGUGGACCUGGCCAAGCAGUGUGCAGACUUGCCGGAGGAGGACGAGGAACUGCGCAAGAAGCUGUGGCUCAAGAUCGCUCGGCACGUGGUGCAGGAGGAGGAAGACGUGCAGACGGCUAUGGCCUGCCUGGCCAGCUGCCCCCUGCUCAAGAUUGAGGACGUGCUGCCCUUCUUUCCUGACUUUGUCACCAUCGACCACUUCAAGGAGGCCAUCUGCAGCUCGCUGAAGGCCUACAACCACCACAUCCAAGAGCUGCAGCGGGAAAUGGAGGAAGCCACAGCCAGCGCCCAGCGCAUCCGACGAGACUUGCAAGAGCUGCGGGGACGCUACGGCACCGUGGAGCCCCAGGACAAAUGCUCCACGUGUGACUUCCCCCUGCUCAACCGACCCUUUUACCUCUUCCUCUGUGGCCACAUGUUCCACGCUGACUGUCUCCUGCAGGCCGUGAGGCCCGGCCUUCCUGCCUACAAGCAGGCCAGGCUCGAGGAGCUGCAGCGCAAGCUUGGGGCUGUGCCUCCUCCAGCUAAAGGCUCUGUGAAGGCGAAGGAGCCUGAAGCUGGGGCUGCGGCUGCGGGCCCCAGCCGGGAACAGCUCAAGGCUGACCUAGAUGACCUGGUGGCUGCAGAGUGUGUGUACUGCGGGGAGUUGAUGAUUCGUUCCAUUGACCGGCCCUUCAUUGACCCCCAGCGCUAUGAGGAGGAACACCUCAGCUGGCUGUAGGCUGUGUCCCCGUGUGGAUAGACAGGCAGGGACCCAGCUACCGGCCCUUCCUGAGAAGGCCGUCCUCUGGUUGGCAUUCGGCCCUUGAGGUUGCUAGGUCUGGGAUUGUGGGGGUGUUGGAUCUAAGCUUCCGCCCUGAGGCUUCAGGAGUGAAAACAUUCUUUGUUUCAGGCCUGCCUUAGAGCUACUCAUCUUCCAGGUGCCCAUGAGGCUGGAGGCCAGACAUGAUCCUUCCAGCCCCCCUGCGUCUCACAGCACCUUUGUUUUG